GGAAGCGGUCUGGCGGUGGAGGAAAGUAGCUAGCCUGGUGGCUAACGUCAUUGGAGACUGAGUGCCGUGAAACGGAGUGACAGCAGAGUAGUUUGGGAGGAAAAACUGUCGCCACGCCAUUGAGUACAACUCGGUUUAAACGUGUGGCCGCCAUGUCAGAGACAUACGAUUUCCUGUUUAAGUUCCUUGUGAUUGGCAGCGCGGGGACUGGGAAAUCCUGCCUCCUUCAUCAGUUUAUUGAGAAUAAGUUCAAACAAGACUCCAAUCACACCAUCGGCGUGGAAUUUGGUUCGAGAGUCGUCAAUGUCGGUGGAAAAACAGUCAAACUGCAGAUCUGGGAUACGGCAGGACAGGAGCGCUUCAGAUCAGUGACUCGUAGCUAUUAUCGGGGCGCAGCUGGGGCUCUCCUUGUCUACGACAUCACGAGUCGAGAGACCUACAACGCGCUGACUAACUGGCUGACAGAUGCUCGGACACUGGCCAGCCCCAACAUUGUCAUCAUCCUUUGCGGGAACAAGAAAGAUUUGGAUGCAGACCGUGAGGUCACCUUCCUGGAAGCAUCUCGUUUUGCCCAAGAGAAUGAGUUGAUGUUUUUGGAGACGAGUGCGUUGACUGGGGAGAAUGUUGAAGAGGGUUUUCUCAAAUGUGCCCGCACAAUUCUUAAUAAGAUAGAGUCUGGUGAGCUGGACCCUGAAAGGAUGGGCUCUGGUAUCCAGUAUGGCGACGCGUCCCUGAGGCAGUUGAGGCAGCCACGGGGCUCUGCUGCACAAACCAAGCAGCAAUGUAACUGCUAGGGGUGGGACACACUCCCUCUCCCCGCACACAACCUCUCCUGCUUCAGCUUCAGGUGUGUCUGGGUGUCGUCGUUUCCCCCUCAAACCUGCUGAGACACCUAGAAACAUCUGGAUCACUUUUUAUGAAGUCCGUCUGCAACCUGCAUCUGCAACCACUGAGCUUUGGGAGCGCCUCUGAUCAAGUAGAGGGAUGGUAAAAGUGGUGCAGAGGAAUCUUGCAGAUUUAACCUUAUCCUGUGAUUCUUGUGUGUAUAUACACAAACACACUCACAUUGUUCAUGUAGAGUAAACAGUGAUCAGCCUAAUCUCUGUGCACUGGGCUGAAGCGUAGAUGAUAACAUUCUCUAUAUUUCAUACAAUGUCACCAACAUCAGCGCAUUAGUUGACUUGCGUAUCCCCUAUUUAAAUUAAGGCUUAUCCAAAUCUCAGUAGAUAUUCUUAAUAAUGUCAACAAGGUGGCUGGUUGGAGCCAGUCUAAACUAGGUAUUCUAUUGGCACAAACCAGUUUUAGAGAUUACUGUUUCCAUGAAUACUGCAGCAUUGCCCUGGCUUUGAGAUGAUCUUGCUCGUACGGUACAAUCUGUGUGUUUAGUGUAGGUGCAGUAGAUGUAGCCUAAGCCUUGUAUAAUUCUAUUUCCUAUAGAUCAUUGUGUCAGCUAUGCACCUAGAAAGAAAUAUCUGCAGCUGAGAACUCUAAGCACAAAGGGGAGAUGGUUGAUCUGCCCCUCCAGAAUUGUUGGUGAUCAUUAUCUAGUGCAUAUCAGUUGUUCCCUGCAGAAUGGCUUGUGUAGGUUAUCGCACUGAUAUCUUAACCUGCAGAAACCACUUUGCACUGGGUGCAUUAUUAUCUGAUGUAUCUGGCUGUGUUAUUUAUUGAUGUGAAACAAACCACUAACCUUCUGGAUCUAGAAUAGAUUUUAUUUUAUUUUAUUGAUUUAUCCUUAAACAGAAAGACAGCUUGAUGUCAUCUAGUUCAGUGUGUCCAAGUUGUAACAUGGCCCCAAAGUAUAGCACUCUAGUAUGAAGUUAAAAUGCUAGGAAAUGUGUGUUUGCACUUUUUUGUGCACAGAAAUCCAGACUAAUUCUAUCCCAAAAGGUUUAGGAGGCUUUUUGCACUGUGUGAUAAAGAACCAUCACACACCACAGAGACUAGAAACCAUCUUCGCAAGGCCAGAUGAUUUCACCAAGACACUCAACCAGGGGAAUGGCAGUAUGAAUGGUUAGAUAUGUUUGUUCCCCCAUUCUCACACAGCAAUCCUUUUUCAGCUUCUGUGUUUUAAAUAUCGUCUCUGUGAUAUGUGCAGGUUCUCUUUCUGUUCUUUGUUUUUCUCUCUGCAAGUGCACUUUUUGACUGUUAAUAUACUGUACCUAUAGAAUUGUAAAAUUUACAGUAAUCUAAAUAUGAUAUAGUGACCAUUAUUAUAAGGAGUAAUCAUUCCUUACUAAAUAAGAAUUGAGCUUAUAUCAGUGGUCCAAAAUUAUGAUACUAUUGUUACUCUAGGUAGUUGGUGAAGAAAGUGUACUGCAAAAUACUGAGCAGUUUAAUUUAAUUCUCACACUGCCUGCAUGGCCUCGGUUCACUGACUAUAUGUCUGUGCAACUUGGGGGUAGAAAUCAUUUAAAGAGGUUACAUUUAAUAAGGAUUUAACUUCUACCUAACCUGUUCGGAAAUGUUGUAGUACCACGGCUGGGCAUUUACAGACAAUAAAUCACUUGACAAACAGCAUUUCUCAACAGUAAACUGGCACACGUGCUUUGGCAGAUUGAUUGUUCCUGUCAGUUAGAAUGGAGAUCAUAUAUACUGCUCAACCCCAUGAGCUAUAUGCUUAAAGAUAUUACUGCUAACCAAAAAAUGAAACUUGGUCUAUUUAUGUUGAUUUUGACAGCAGUGUUUCUGACUACAUCUGUCUUUACUCUGGGGUUUAAAGACUUGCCCAUGUACUGCAGAAACUCAUUUGUUGCUUAGCAACCAGUGUGGUUUUUGUUCACCCAUGAAUACUGUAUAUCUGAAUCAUCCAUGAUGUAAAUAAUAUUGAACUUGUCUAUUGGAUUGUUUUGGGGGAGGGUGCUUGUUAAAUUUUAAAGUUUAACAACUAUUAGUAAAGAUUGCUUGUUUUUUAUGUUACACAAUAAGUUUCUUGUCAAUUCUGUUUGGUCAAACCCUUGUGACAACGCACUAGGGGUUGCAUAAUUUUCACCAGUCGACCAGUAAUUCAGGAAAUUCAAUCCAGCUGCCGUUUCGAUAGUUAAACCAGAAACUGAUUCAGGACAGUUGGCUAUUGCAUUAAAGCAAUUCAGUGCUGUUAUAGCACUGGUUAAUUCUUAAAUCUGAUUGGUCAGAAGUUGUUGAUUAAUUUUCCAUAACAGCAGCACUGACAGUAGCACUGGCUGAAAGGCAAAUUAUAGGUUUCUAAAAUUCUAGUUUUAUAAAACGUUAUAUUUUCUAUAGUAACAGCUAAAUCAUAGGAACUUGUUUGUCAGACAGUCCAUAUAAUCUAAGCCUACUAAUAAACAGAUUAUAAAACCUGCUGUUAUUUAACAAAGAAAAAUAUAUAAUCAUUGAUAGAGACAUUUAUUUAACAAUUUUUAACAAGUGAUAACAAAAACUUGUUUAGUGGAUGUUCCAAAACAUUAAAAUGUAACUAGAAAUUGACUAUGAAUUGAAAAGUGUGUGUCUUUCUUUAAUUAAUUUU